CACUCGGCAGCCGCCGCCACAAACACACAAGUUCGUCUUUUUUUUGUCUUUGUCGUUGUUUUAUAUUUUGUUUCUGCAACCUUUGACUGUAAAACAACAAGAGCUAUACGAAAAGCUUAACACAAUGGCUGCAAGUGCGCAGAUGAAGAUUCUGCCAGAGAUGUUCCAGGGCAAUGGGUGUGCCAGCCUUGAUGACACCAAAUCGACCGUUUCCAAAGUACAGACGCGCACCGAACGCUUCCAAGAGCGCGUCAGAAAGCAUAUAAGCGAGAACUAUUCAGAGUUCAUGACCAAUCACACAUCGCCGGACAUCUUCCUGGAGGAGUCCAGCUCGCUGGGCCGCGAGAUCAACGACCUGCUCGAAACUGUGGGCACCGAGGGCCUGGCCGCUCUGAAUGGCUCGAGCCAGAAGUUGGCCGACAACAGUCGGGAGCUGCGUGAGCUAAUGCUGGGCCUGCAGGUCAGCGAGCACAUUCUGAGGAUCGAUGAACUGUUCCAGUACGUGGAGGAGGCCAAGGGCACCAAGGACUACCUGGUGGUGCUCGAUCUGGUGGGCAGCCUGCGAUCGCUCAUCUACGGCGAGGGCGAGGCCACGUCCCAGGAUGUGAUGCGCGUCUUCCAGGCCCUCGAAUGCUACGAGACGAUCAAGGUGAAGUACCAUGUGCAGGCCCAUCUGCUGCAGCAGAACAUGCAGGAGCGCUUCGAUCGGCUGGUGCAGCUCAACUGCAAGUCCUAUCCCAAUUCCAAGUGCGUGACGCUGCUGGUCAGCAAGGAGGAGGCCCAGCUGCAGGACAUUGUCGUGGCUCUCUUCCAGGAGCGCUACAAUCCCGUCAAACUCUGCGAAUUCCUGCUGGAGAACUGCAUCGAGCCGCUCAUCCUCAAGCCGGUGGGUGUCGAGUGCAAUGACAAUGCCGAAGCCGGCACCUACAUCCAGCUGUCCCUCUCGUACUCCACCAAAGAGAGUGGCACGGCCACCGCCACCGCCACCGCUGCGAACUCGACCGCCACCGGCACACAGCUGAGACCGAACUACAAGCAGGUGCUCGAGCACUUCACGCUGCUCCUCCAGACGCUGAGCGGCAUCAACCACAGCGUGUCCAGCACGCAGCAUGUCUUCAGCAUCAUUGGGGAUCAUGUCAGAGAUCGCAUGAUGCAGCUGCUGGUCAACGAGUGCCUCAUACCAGCCGUGCCCGAGACCAUGGAGGAGUACCAGACGUCCACGCUGUGCGAGGAUGUGGCGCACUUUGAGCAGCUCCUCGCCGACUCGUUCCUCAUCAAUCCCGACGUGGAUCGCGGCCUCAGCCAGUUCAUCGAGCAGUACGAGACCUACUAUCGCAACCGUCUCUUCAGUCGCGUCCUAGAGUCGACGCGCGAGAUCAUCCAACGAGAUCUGCAGGAAAUGGUGCUGGUGGCGCCCAACAAUCUGUCCACAGACGUCACCGGCGAUCCCUUUCUCUUUCCCCGCUGCAUGGUCUCGAAGAGUGCGCAGGACUUUGUGAAGCUAAUGGAUCGGAUUAUGCGACAGCCGACGGAGAAGGUGGGCGAGGAUGAGGCUGAUCCGCUGGCUGGUGUCAUCGGCAUGAUGCUGCAGACGUACAUUGACGAGGUGCCCAAGGUGCACAAGAAACUGCUCGAGAGCAUACCGCAGCAGUCGGUGCUGUUCCACAACAACUGCAUGUACUUCACCCACUGGGUGGCGCAGCAUGCCAACAAGGGCAUCGAGAGCUUUCCCGCUUUGGUCAAGACACUGCAGGCCACUGGGGCCAAUCACUUCCGGGUGCAGGUCACCUACCAGACCUCCAUACUGAUGGACAUCAUGGACGGUUUCGAAUUUGAGAGUCCGCACACGCUGGGCACGGGCCCGCUGAAGCUGGUGCGCCAGUGUCUGCGCCAGCUGGAGCUGCUGAAGAACGUGUGGCAGAAUGUGCUGCCCGAUAAGGUGUACAACAGCACCUUCGCGGAGCUGCUGCAUUCGUUCACCAACGAGCUGGUGCGUCGCGUGUUCACCCAGCGCGACAUCUCCGCCACAAUGGCCAGCGAUGUGAGCGACCUCAUCGAUGUGGUGCUGGAGAAGGCGCCGAAACUGUUCCGCGAUGCCCACGAGGUGCAUCAGGUGCGCUCGUGGAUGAAGCUGCAGCAACUCAAGACCAUGAUGAAUGCCUCGCUCAAGGAGAUCACCGAGCUGUGGUGUGACGGUGCCGGUCCGCUGACGGCCAACUAUAAGGCCGAUGAAAUACGAUAUCUGAUACGGGCUCUCUUCCAGGACACCGAUCGUCGGGCCAAGGCCAUCACCCAGAUUGUCUAGAGCUGAUUGUUCUUUAGAUUACGCUUUAAUUCUUAAUAAAAACAAUGCAACAAGA